AUGGAGAAAACGGGGGAACGAAAUGAGAAUGAAGAGAAGGUAAAUCAGAAGGAGGAAGAGGGAACAAAAGGUACAGGGAACACUCAUGCUGUAGCUAAAUGCCACGAUGUCCAUUUUAAUCUGACGCACAGCCAAUCUCAGCGUGCCACGAUA